UUCUGUCUAAAAUAAAUAUACACAUCGUUUGUGAAGAAACCAAAUACAAAGUAUUUAUUUAAUGAUAGGCAGUUUGAGGUUUAAGUGGUACUAUAGAUAAAAAAAAAAUUUGUAAACAGAUAUCUAUUUGAAGGUUAUUUUUUUCAAUAAUUGAGUUGAUAUAUUUUGAAUGGAAAAUUUUGAUAGUUGAAAUUUAUUUUUUUUAUUAAUACUAGGUUUUUCGCCCGCGGUCCUAACAUUUUAUAACUACUUACUAAUACAUGCAUUGCUAGUUAAAAUACUAUAAUGAUAAAUUAUUAUGGGGAUUUAUGUUUUCAUUUAAUUUUUUUACUUAUUAUGAAAAAAUUGAAAUUUUUUGUGUACACUAUAUUCAUUAGUGAUAAAUAAAUCACUCAAUAUUCUCUUUUCAAUUAUAUAAAUUAAGAAUUUUACUUGAUUAAUAUUUAGUUAUGCUUAUUAAUAAUUAAAUUUUAUUAAAGAUAUUUUUGAAUAGCAACAAAAUAUAUAUAUGAAUGAUUUUUUAUUUUAAUAUAUAUAUAUAUAUAGAUUUGGAUAAUUUUAAUUAUUAUUAAUUUUAAUCACUUAUCUAAUAAAAAAAUAAAUUCGUUUUAUUUUGUAGGUAGGUUAUAUAUUUGAUUCAUUAAGGAUCGAUAUAAACGAUAUUAACAACCUAACUUUUAUCGUGAGAGCUCAGAUGUGAAAACUUAUUUUACAAAUAAUAAUAUAAAAUCUAAUAAAGGAAUUUUAAAAAUAGAUUGACCAAGACGUUUUCUUCAUUAGAAUCUCGAACAAGCACAUGAUUUUUGGAACUAUUCUGAAUACGUAUUGUUGGCAAAAAGCAUAGGACUUUUUUUUUAAACAAUUGCCUAAAGUAAGUUUACAAAUUCAAGCAUAACUAAGACAGACCUUCUUAGGUUUUACUAUUUAGUUAACCUAGUUUUAACCUAUCUGCAAGAGUAUCUUACGUCAGUGAAAAGGACAUUUUACAUAUCUUAACUGAUAUACAACAAACAAGAACAAUAGUUAUGCUAUAAACAAAGGGGUAACUACAACGUUUUAUUGUUUGUUUGAAAAAACCAAAGCUCCAAAAUGUCUUGUCUUCUCAUUCUCGUCUCCAUUGCCUUAGCAAUAACACUCAGUAAUCAUUCUUCACAUGCAGAAAAUCUACCUCUAAGGAUCACUGACAUUGUCCUAUGCAACAACAAUAACAUCUUCUUAAGAUCAGGAUCAUCUGGCAAGCUUGAAUGCAGAUUCAGACGAGCAAAACUGAUCUUAGGACAGGAGACAAAAGGUCAUCACGGGGAAUCCCAUGUUUUAUGUCCUGAACACAAAAAGUGUUCAAGAAACGAGAAAAAUCAGAUAUUCGCUCUAAAGAAGCAUCCGGGGAGAAAGUCUAAACGGAUUCUGAAACAAAUAAGAAAAGCAAAACAUGUUCAGUUUCAAUACAAGAAGCAAAAUAUAGGAGACAAGAAGUUCAUUUCUCCACAUCCAUGGUUUCUUCCCCCAAACCCGUUUGCACCACCACGUUCGAUUUUCCCACCAAACCCUUUUGCACCACCCCCUUCGAUUUUCCCACCUAACCCGUUUAAGCCACCGUCUCCUUCGAUUUUCCCUCCAAAUCCGUUUCAUCCACCUCCUCCUCCGAGAUUUCCUCCAUUAUUUCCUCAGCCUCCUCAUGCUCCUCCUCCGUCGAUAUUCCCUCCAAUAUUUCAUCAGCCACCACCUUCUCCUCCUCCAUCGUUUUUCCCUCCAAACCCAUUUCAGCCUCGGCCUCCCCCCACUCCUCAUUCAUCCUUAUUCCCUCCAAUGUUUCCACCGCCUCCUACUGCUCCAGCUCCUCCUCCCUCGUUCUUCCCUCCAAACCCAUUUCAGCCUCAUCCUCCUCAUCCUCCUGCAGCUCCUCCUCCAUCAUUAUUCCCUCCAAUAUUUUCUCCGCCUCCAGCUGCUCCACCUCCUCCACGAUCAAUGUUUCCUCCAAAUCCAUUUAAGCCACGUCCUCCUCAGUCUUCUCCCGCUCCUCCUCCACCAUUUUUCCCUCCAGUGAUUCCUCAUCCUCCUCCAGUUUCCCCUCCUCCUCGAUCAUUUUUCCCUCCAAAUCCAUUUCAGCCUCGUCCUCCUCAGCUUCCUCCAGCUCCUCCUCCAUCGUUUUUCCCUCCUAUAUUUCCUCCACCUCCUGCUGUACCAGUUCCAUCUCCUCCAUCGUUUUUUCCACCAAACCCAUUUAAGCCUCGUCCUCCUCCUCUUCCCAGUACUCCUCCACCUCACUCUCUAUUUCCUCCACUGCCGCCAAUCUUUCCAGGUCUGCAUCCUCCUCCACCACCACCACCACCUCCUCCUCCACCCUCUCACUUUAUUUUUCCAAUUCCGCCAUUCCCAUUUUUUCCACCACCUCGUAACCCUGGCCCUCCUCCUACUCCAUCUUUUUCAGCAAACAAACAACAUACUUAA